UUGCUGAGGCUUAUAUUCAUAUUGAAUGCUUGACGUUCGCAUCAAUGUAUCUACAUGAUGUACCAACUCGCUUCACUCGAGAGGAUCGAAACAUUGAUGUUGGUGUCCAAACAUCCGAGAUAUCAGCCUUUGGGAUUUUUGAUCAAAAAGUCCACCCACUUGGUAUCGCAACACCUAUCCAGUUGGAUAAGAAACUAUUUAAAACUGCCCGAUGGUAUGCCCUCAACAACUGCAUCGAGAUUGAACAGUUCUUGGAGUAAGAGCCUUGAACUAAUUGAUGGGCAAAAAAUAAAUUUAAUCUACCAUAAUUGGAUAGUGAUUAGGUACUUUAUGCUUGUUAAUAUACUUUAUGUCUUUCGUGUAGGGAGCACUACAACAUCUUGAAGGAGCAGAGCUUAUAUAACAUUGAAAGGCGGCAUGAAGCUGAAUUUCCAUCGUGGUUCAGGAAACGUAUUCAAGCGCUACGUGGUAGGGAUCCCCACAUAGUAUCUGACGAUCUUUAUGCAAUAGCUUGUGGGCCUGACCCUUGGGUGGGUUCAUAUUCUGGGUGUAUAAUGAAUGGUAUACGAUUUCAUACACAACUCCGGGAAUUGAGACGUAGGACACAAAAUAGUGGUGUUCUAGUUACAAGUGAGCACCAAUCAAGUAUGGUUGAUUUCUAUGGUGUUCUGAAUGACAUAUUGGAGGUGAGGUACAUGGGUUGGCGGCGUGUGUGGUUAUUUAGUUGCGAUUGGUUUGAUGUUGGCGAUCCAAUUCGAGGGAUCAGGGUUGGUGAGCAUUUCACAAGUGUCAAUCAUAGUAGAACUUGGUAUAAGGAUGAGCCAUUCAUAUUGGCAUGCCAAGCUUCACAAGUAUUUUACCUCAAAGACACGAGAUUUUCUGGUUCUUGGCACAUUGUGCAAAAGAUCACAUAUAGGAAUGUAUAUGACGUUCCACAAUUGGAUCGCCAUGAUGAUGUAGAUGAACCUAGCGAGUCCAAUGUCUUCCAAGAAGAACAAACUCCAAAAGAAGCAGUACCAGUGGACACCGAGCAUAAUGUCGACAACCCCCAAUGGGUAAGGCCAGAUGUUCAGUCAGCCACGAUAGCCACUACCGCAUUGGCUGGGGGAAGUACUCACAAUGUCAACAACCUGGGUAAUAUCGACGACAUUUCAGAUGAGGAAGAAUUCAAUUCUAGCGAUACCAUGUCUAAUGGAUCAUGUGAGGAGGAAGACCUUGAUGACACCGAUGCGGAGUCUAAUGUUGAAGGCUCUCCGAGUAAUGACACUCAUCGAGGAUGGGAUUCAAGCUAAGGUCUCACUUCCAGAAACCCUUUUCUUAAUCAUAUAGCUUCCAAGUACAUAAUCCAUCAUAUUAUACCUUUAGUAAUGUGGUAGAUGUCAUAUGGUGUCUUUUGUAAUUAAUUCCAUUCAUAU